AUGGGCACCCGGAGUCUGAUUUGCGUUUUCUGGAAAGGGAAGUGGUACAUCGCUCAAUAUACACAAUUCGAUGGCUACCCGGAAGGCGAAGGCCUGAAAGUCUUCAAAUUUCUGACAUACGGCCCCGACAUCGACCACCUCAAGGCUGGCCUCCAAAACCAUAUAUACGAGGUGACGGAUGACCAAUUGGACGCCAUCAACAGGGAAAUUCAGGCCUGGGACCGUGACCAGCGGCAAAAUAAUCCAGAGUACGAUCCAUGGACGUCUGGCAGCCAGCAACUAUAUUCUACCCUCUCGCGAACGACCGGGGCCGGGAUCCUGCGUCUUGUUGCCAACGCUGGCCGCACCGACGGCGAUAGCGACAAGGAAGGGCCGUUUGUGGGAGACGGUGACAAGGACGCAGAGACGGAGUCAACCAAGCUUCCCAUCUAUCUUGACCUCGAGUUCGCCAACUCAACGCUGUUUUGCGAGUGGGUAUAUGUUGUGGACCUCGACAAGGAGGUGUUUGAGGUGUAUGGCGGGGGCGAACAUAAGCAUCGGGAACACAGGUUCAAGGACGUUGGGGGACCCGAGGCCGAAGUUCCAGCAUUCGUCUGCUCGUUCACCUUUCGCGAGGUUUCUCGGAUGAAGAAUGACAAAGAGUUUAUGGAUAAGGUGAACGAGGCGCUUGAAGAAGGUGAGAAGCAGAGGGCCGAGAGACAAGACGAGAGAAAGGCCCAGCAGAUCGCGGAUGCGGAAGGGAGUCAUUCGAAUGUCACAAGCGAUGAUGAGGAAGAGAAUGGGGAGGAGGAUGUUGUGGAGGGUAGUGCAAAGGGUAGUCCCCCGCCAUGA